GGAGAGGAGGAAUGCUGCAGCUUACACACGCCCAAACUUUACCACGUUUAGGGACGAUUUUCCCGGAAGGGUUGAAAGGCAGCAAGCCAAGGCCAGAGUGAACAAGGCAGACCAGACGCUUUGAAACUCCUCCACUACAGAGAGAAGUAGCAGCUUUUAACCAGCUUCCACAAACUCACUGUUCUCUACAAGAGCUUUGCUCUGCAAGACUUCCCUUUAUCAGCUUUACUGCAGUAGUCUUCAUAAUCCCCUUCAAGGCCAGUGAUGGAAAGUCCGGCUCAGAAACGUACCAGCCGUGGUGGGGCCUCCAGCGUGCUCUCGCCUGCGCGCAUUACCCGCCUGCAGGAGAAAGAGGACCUGAGCAACCUGAAUGACCGUCUAGCUGUAUACAUUGAUAAGGUGCGCUCUCUGGAGGUCGAAAAUGCCGGCCUGCGAAUGCGUAUCACGGAGUCGGAGACUGAGGUCAGCCGGGAGCUGGGCGGCAUGAAGGCAGCGUACGAGAAUGAGCUGGCUGAUGCUCGCAAAACUCUCGACUCGGUGGCUAAGGAGAGAGCCAGGUUGCAGCUAGAGCUUAGCAAGAUCCGUGAGGACUACAAGGAGCUUAAAGCCAGGAACAGUAAGAAAGAGGCUGAUCUGGAGUCGGCUCUGGCCAGGCUGAAGGAUCUGGAGGCUUUACUUAACUCUAAGGAUGCUUCUCUCACCACAGCUUUAGGGGAGAAGAGGUCUUUAGAGGCUGAAGCUAGGGAUCUAAAGGCUCAGUUGGCCAAGCUGGAAGGCAGUCUGAAUGAUGCUAAGAAGCAGCUGCAGGAUGAGAUGCUGAGGAGGGUGGAUGCAGAGAACCGCAUCCAGACUCUUAAAGAGGAGCUGGAGUUCCAAAAGAACAUUUAUGCUGAGGAGCAGCGCGAGUCGAAGCGUAGACAUGAGUCACGCAUGGUGGAGAUUGACAGCGGUAGAAACCUGGAUUUCGAGAGCAAGCUGGCUGAGGCUCUGAUCGAACUCCGUAACCAGCAUGAGGAGCAGCUCCGCAUCUACAAGGAGGAGAUUGAGAAGACCUACAAUGCCAAGCUGGAUAAUGCACGUCAGUCUGCAGAUAGAAACAGUCACCUGGUUGGAGCAGCUCAUGAGGAGCUGCAGCAGACACGUAUGAGGCUGGAGAGCAUGUCUGGUCAGUUGUCCCAGCUUCAGAAACAGCUGGCUGCGCGGGAGGCUAAGGUGCGUGAGCUGGAGGAAUCCCUGUCUCGCGAGAGAGAUCUAAUGCGCCGGCGGUUGGAGGAGAAGGAGAAGGAAAUGGCCGAAAUGCGCCACCGCAUGCAGCAGCAGCUGGACGAAUACCAGGAGCUGCUGGACAUCAAACUGGCCCUGGACAUGGAGAUCAGUGCUUACCGGAAAUUGCUGGAGGGAGAAGAGGAGAGGCUGCGUCUCUCUCCAAGUCCUCCUCCUGGCCGUGUGAUAUCAGUCACUCGUACCACAGGCUCUGGCACACAGACUCAGACUCGCUUGGCUCAGAGCAGCAGCACUCGCACUUCAUCCGGCAGCGCUAAAAAACGGCGCCUCAAUGACACGGACAGCGAGGCUUCCAGCGUGACUGGUGGGACAGUGACACGUACUCGCAUUUCCCAGCAGGCCUCAGCCAGUGGCCGGGUUACUGUGGAUGAGGUAGACCUGGAGGGCAAAUUUGUGCGUCUCAGCAACAAAUCUGACCAGGAUCAGACUCUGGGCCACUGGCAGGUGAAGAGACAAGUGGGCUCUGGUACGCCCAUCAUCUACAAGUUCCCGCCUAAAUUCACUCUCAAAGCAGGACAGACUGUUACAAUCUGGGCUGCAGGAGCUGGUGGGACCCACAGUCCUCCCUCUGACCUGGUGUGGAAGACUCAGAACUCAUGGGGGAGUGGAGAUCUCUUCCAAACUACUCUGAUUAGCUCCAGUGGAGAGGAAAUGGCAAUGCGGAAAGUGACACGCUCACUGUUCCAGGAAGAUGAUGAUGAGGAAAUGGCUGCUCACAGUACUUGUGGGGAUGGAGAGUAUAACCUGCGUAGCCGCACUGUGAUUUGUGGCUCAUGUGGUCAGCCGUCAGACCGGUCUGGCAGCUGUGUAACGGCAAGCACUGCAGUCUCCAGCGCCUCUCGCUCCUUUACCUCCAGUGGAGGAGGAGGACUUCCUGAGGGUCUAGUCUCCCACUCCCAUUCCCACUUUAUUAUGGGCAAUGACGCGCCCAGACAGGGAGGACCUAAACCAGAAAAGUGUUCUAUCAUGUAGAUCCAGGAGUAUCCAGGAUGUCUGACCAGUUCACAACGAUCAGUUAUUUGUGUGAACUAGGAGACGUGAUUUAAUUUUCUAACUUGGUCAUCUAUAUUUUUAUUUUUCAUACUUUGUAUACGUAAUUCUUGUUUUGUAUGUACUAAUCUGCUGGGUAGAUAAACUGCUUUUGUCUGGCUGACUGUUUGCAUGCAGCUUGGGUGCUAUAUAGGGUUUGUGUAUACAGUACUGUAUGCUAGUGGACUAGGCAGCUGCUUUCCAGUAGAGAUGUUCAGGGAGAGAGGUAGAUACAUCACUUCACACUUCACAUCCAAAGAACAGGAUCAGUCUUCAACUGAUUAUAGACUGCUGUCACAACAGAGCACGCACAUCUUAGUACUCCUGUCAUUAAGUUUACUUCCAAAGAAUCAGGAGUGUCUUUGAUUGUACUGUAAAGAUAUGCUUUUUUUUUUUUCAUUUUUGAUGCAUAGAUUCAGAACUCAGAUAUCCUAGCAAAAGUGUCAAACACUAAUUCAUGUUAAACGUCAAAUUUUGUCAUACGGUAAGCACAGUCUUAAAGGGAAGCUUAUUAGGACCAUGUCAUGAUGAUAUUUAAAAAGCUUUUGUUUGUGCGUUUACAGUAUAUGAAUGUAGUGGUGUGGACUUGGUGCACACAGUGUCUCAGUAGCACUUUGUGUAAAGUGUCUUAUUCUCUGCCUCUUAGGAAAAAGCAAUGGGCAGGGUUGGAAUAUAUGAUAAAUGUUGAUUCUUUUUUUUAAGUUGUCAUAUUGGACUUAUGACAUGUACUUUAUUUGAGCUUUUGAGUAUUGACUAUCAAAAUAUUUAAGAUAUCUAUGCAAUUGUUUGUUAAAAGCGAUCAUAAAUAAUACGUUUAGGUACAAGGUAGUGAAGAAUAUUAUAUUCGAAGCAAUUUUCUAUAAUGUAACGGUCAUUGUUUGUAACCUAAGAAGACAUGAAGCACAAGAAUGUAUGAAAGUAAUAGGUACAGGUGAUUUUGUGUACAUUAGAGAGCUGAAUUUUGCAUUGAAAACCAAAACAUAUAUAAAAUUUAAACAUGAUAAAUUACUGCCAUAAUUUGAAAUUUUGUAAUUUCAUUAGGAUGGUUGAAAAUAUUCAUUGAAUUAAAAUGCAUAAAAGGUAUUUAUGCAUGUAGUAUUGUGCCCUCAGGCUGGACAGCUAGAAGUGUUGAUUUUGCUGUUGUUGUCACUCCUCUCUCUUGAAUCAGCUAUUACUUAAAUGACAGGUGUCCACUUCUCCACCUCUGUGUAGCCCUGGUUACUAGAUUUGGCAUUUGGUCAUGGAAAACACGUCUAACCUUAAUUUUUUAUUGGUGCACAUGUAGUUAUAAAACGCCAUGAAGACCUGCCUAUACAGUGUGUGAUUUUUUUUGAGAGCUGGAUGGGACAUGACUCUGUUCUGAGAUACCACACCAACUUCUGUGUAUCUUAGUAGGUGGUGGACUGGACCCCACUAGCAUGCAUAAAUAGCAACGCUUUUCCCUUAUAUUAUUAUGCGCAACUGCUAGUGCUAGAACGCUGCUGGUUUUGGUCAGGCAGUGGAGAAAUGACACUUUUUUUUUUUCCCUUUACAAAAUCAGACCAAUUGAAAGUACAGCUGUUGAAAUGAUAGAUAUAUUGAUAAUUGAUUGAUUAAUGCCUGACCAGCAAUCAUAAAUGUUAAAUUGUUUGGUAAAUACGGGUUUAAAAAAUAAAUGGGGUUGAAUACGACAAUUAGAAAGUCUUCAUGCUAAGAUGCCCCUUGAUGGUAUUGAAAAUACAGUAUUCUCUAAUUGGCAGCAUUUUUUUUUCUUUAUCUCUUUAUUUUCUGCUUGCUUUUUUGAAUUAUUCUGUACUAUUUUGCAUUAUUUUUUGCAAAAGUGGUUACUGAUGUAGAAUGUGUAUGCAUAAACAGUGCCUUGAUUUUUUUUUAUUAAAAAAAAUACAAUUUCA